AUGGAGAGCCUGCUCCUAGGAAUGGUCAUCCUCAGAGCUCUGGUCGUGAAGCAAACGCUAAUUCAACAUGGGUUCACAUUUGAAUCUGAUACUGACACUGAAGUGAUUCCUAAGCUUGCCAAGUAUGUUUUUGAUAAAUCUAAUGAAGAUUCAGGUGACACUGUCCCAUUUAGUCAAGUUGUUCUGGAAGUCAUGAGGCAUCUUGAAGGAGCCUAUGCCCUUGUUUUUAAGAGCCGGCAUUAUCCUAAUGAAUUGAUUGCUUGUAAGCGUGGUAGUCCAUUGCUUCUCGGUGUCAAAGAAUUGACAGAAGAAUCAAGCAAAGGAUCAUUAUUUCUUGAUGACAAGUACCCUUCGCAGAAUGGGAAUCCCAGGGAACUGUUCUUAUCGAGUGAUGCAAAUGCUCUGGUUGAGCACACAAGAAAAGUUUUGAUUAUUGAAGAUGGUGAAGUUGUUCAUUUGAAGGAUGGAGGGGUAUCUAUCUUAAAGUUUGAUGGUGACAAAGGAAAAUACGGUGUACUUUUCAGGCCAGCAUCUGUACAACGUGCACUUUCUGUUCUCGAGAUGGAAGUUGAACAAAUAAAUAAAGGAAGUUGCGAACAUUAUAUGCAGAAAGAAAUUCAUGAACAGCCAGAAUCCCUAACAACCACAAUGAGGGGCAGACUUACUGAAGAUGAAGCUAUGAUGUAG